AUGGCGUCCAUUACGACUCGUAAGGGCAGGAGGUGUACGGCAGUGCCGAAAUUAGUACAUAUCGAAGCAGUACCUGGAGCUCCUAGUUCGACAUCGAUAUCGACAUCGACAUCAACGUCAACAUCGGAAACAUCUUCAUCGAGUUCAACUUUAACUUCAACUUCAACUACAAUUUCAUCAUCAUCAUCAUCAUCAUCCUUACCAUCCUCUUCCAUAUCCAGUUCGAAUGUGAUCAAUACUCCACCCGCAAUUGCGAACCCGGUCCAACAGGAAACUCCGCUCCCUUCGGAAAUCUUCUCAAGCCCAACAAGUACCAUAGCAGCGCAGCCGUCGGCAGACCCGGCUAUUCCAGCAGCGCCUCCCGCGCCAGCCAUAACAGGCGCCGAUGAAACCUCUUCUUCAGCUACUCUCCUUAUCGACACGGCUACUACUCCAUCCCCUACUCAACUAGAUACGCAAGUGUCGAGUUCAGCGGGACAGGAUGAUGAUCCUGCACAACCGACAUCCUCGUUAUUUGAACAGCCGGUAGACUCUUCCUCAUUAAUUAGUUCUGUUGAAGAUACCUCAUUACCGACGAUAGGGAUAACGCAAGCUUCCAGUUCCUCAGCAGAGACGGGGACAAAAGGGACAGGGCUACCAAGCACCCAAAAGGCAGCAACUGGCAAUGCUAUCACUACGCAGCAGACGAUAGCUAUAGCUGCUGGGGUGGCUGGUGGGGUCAUGGCAAUUUCGUUCAUAGCAUUCAUUAUGUGGUUCUGGCGGAAGAGGAGGCAAGAACGGAGGAAUAGUAUGUUGUCGCCUAUGUCCCCGAGGGCAACAUUCCGCGGUAAUGAGAAGGGUCCUUAUCUCAUAAGCCGGACGUCCUUAGGUCCGACACCGCUUCCCCAGAAGCUCUGGGCGACCGUCGAGGCUAGGUAUAGAAGACUGCGUGGACGGGUUGGCAAUAUUGUGGCGCGUAGCAGUAGUCCGAGCCCAAGCGUUAACCUUGACCGCGGGAAUUCCCAAUUUGGUCUACCCGAGCCAGCACAUAGCCGAAAUAAUUCGAACACAGUACCACCGACUGACAAGGGCCGUCCCGUGGAUUGGUGGAGUCGGUUAACGGAGGAUGAGAAUUCUAACUGGCAACUACGUCGCGAGUCGGAGAACACUGGGCCUACAUUGGGCUUACAACCCGGUCGGGAAUUAGAAAAGGGGCAAGGAAGUGCAAACGGCAAUCGACGCCGCUCAACAUCCAUGGGCAACGAACAACAUUUCCUCGGCGGCCUAGCAUUAGAUUUCGAUUCAGCUGACCCCUUUUCCGAUGUAAACGCUAUAGGCAACAAUACGGCCAAGGCUACGCCUCUAGUAGUUUCCGCCGUCAAUAAUCCGUUUUCGGACUCUCACGCUAUUAGGGCCCCAACGGCUGCCGUAAAUGGAGGGAUCGCAACCUACGUGCAGCAUUCCCAGCACUCCCACAGUCACAGCGUGAAUGGUAGCAUCAGCCGCCAGACGAGCAACGCUAGCUACCGCACGAGCGUGGGCACCGUCGGUACUCGCCGCAACAGGUUCCGCUCCGACCCCUUUGAUUUGGAUCGCCCGGAUUUUCUACGGAGCGCCAACUCUAGUAUGGAUGCUACCGCGGGAUGGGCCAGCAGAGCCAGCCGCAGUAGCACUGAUAUCGGGAGCGCGCCUAAUGCUCCGCAACAAGCCCAUGUGAGGAACCCAAGCUUUACAUCGAAGUACUCCAGCGGCGUGAGCAACAUAGGCUGGAGCGAACCGGGGCCAGAUAUUGGUCCGGUAGUUGGGCGAUAUACGCUAAGCCCAAAUAAUAGCCAACUAGAGCGGCGGGAUUCCGAUACAAAAAGCGGGAAGAGCCAGGGUAGCGUAGGCAAGGCCCUAUAG